AUGGGUCGUCUAACUCCUGAAGUAAUCGAAGCAUCUCCUCAAUAUCUUAAUCCUGUCGGUCAAUAUGAACUCAGUUUACGAGACUUGAAGAUUCCUGUUGUGGAAAACUUGGGUGCAACACUAAAUCAAUUUGAUACAAUCGAUUUUACAAAUAAUGAUAUACGUAAACUUGAUGGUUUUCCAUUUUUACCGAAAUUAAAGACACUUUAUCUUGCAAAUAAUCAUAUAGCACGUAUCGCUGAAAAUCUACAAGAAUAUAUUCCAAAUUUGGAUACAUUAAUGAUUAAUAACAAUAUGUUGCAAGAAUUAUCUGAUAUUGAUCCACUUGCAACACUAACAAAACUGACUCAUGUUAGUUUUGCUCGAAAUCCGAUUGCGAUGAAAAAGGAUUAUCGUCUAUAUGUUAUUCAUGCGCUGCCUCAUUUGAGAACAUUGGAUUAUAAUGGAAUUACUCAAAAAGAACGUGAAGCAGCUCGUAAAAUCUUCAAAUCCAAAUCUGGUGAAAAAGCGAAGAACAAACAAAAAGGAACUAAUACAUUUGUACCUGGUGGUGAGUUAGCUAAACAACAACAACAAGCGCCUCGAAUGACAAAAAAAGAUGCAGAUGCUAUUAAAAAAGCUAUUCAGGAAGCUAAAUCAAUAGACGAAGUGGAAAGAUUAAAAACAAUGUUACAAUCUGGUCAAAUGCCGCAUUCCGUCGAACAAAAACAACAUCAAAAUGGUCAUAAAACAAAUACUGAAGCGAUGGAACAAGAGCAAAAUUUAGGAAAUACUUCCAUGGAAACAUGA